UAUAAUCAUGAAAGAUAUCAAAAUUUUGACUCAAUUAUAUGUGGACAUUUAUGCCUUAAAUUUUUAGCUUACUUUAGUUUGUAGAGUUACUGAAUUCAAUACCUAAUAUAGAUGUUGGUGCUAAUAAAUUGUAUGUGUCUUAUUCAGAGGACAACGUAGGAGAUUAUAAAAAUAAUAUUAUUAGUAAAAAAGUAAAUAGUAAAAAAACAAAAAAGUCGAAAAGAAAUGUUGCAAUAAUUACAAAAAAUGAUAAUAGUAUAAAUUUUGUUCUAAAUAAUGAAGUGACAUUUCCAACAAAUAGUUCUGAGGAAUUCAUGGAAAUCACAAAGAGUGAUGAGAAUAUAAUCUCUGUUGAUAAUAAAGUUCUAACUAUACCAACAGGUAGUUAUGAAAUUACAGAUAUUGAAAGUUACAUACGAAAAUCAUUACCGAAAAUCAGUAUCAAUAUUAAAGCCAAUAACAAUGAAUUGAAAAGUGAGAUUAAAUGUGAUCAGUUUAUUGACUUUAGACCUAAAGAUUCUAUUGGUCAACUAUUGGGUUUCACAAACCGUCUCCUUGAACCUCACAAAACUCAUUCAUCAGAUCUGCCUGUAACCAUAUUGAAACUCAACGCUCUAAGAAUUUAAUGUAAUAUCACAUCAGAUGCAUAUAUAAAUGAAUACAAAGUUCACACAACUCAUGAAUUUUUUCCAGGUGUUCCACCAGGAUUUAAGAUUGUUGAAGUACCAACACACGUCAUUUACCUUCCAGUUGUUGCGAUCGCCAUACACAAUAUAAGGUUGCAGAUAGUUGAUCAAGACGGCAAAUUAGUGAACUUCAGAGGUGAAACUAUUACUAUCAGAUUACAUAUAAAAACUAUGUAAUAAUGGGUAUAGUUUUUGAUACAAAAAUUGGUUCUGGGUAUAAAAACAAACCAACAUGGGUGAAAAAUAUCAGUCGACGAGUACCUCACAGAGUAUUAACACGUCAAAACGCAGAAUUCCUCAAGAAUCUCGGAUUAAAAUUACGUGGAAAAUUCGUAAAAUAAAAAUAAACUUUUGUUGUCUUGAGUGUAUAAUACCUCGACGAAAGUAAAUUAUUUGUGAGUAAUGUCGAAAAAUCAAGUUUGUGACAGUUUAAAUAAAUAUUUAAAAAGUGAACAACGUAAAUACAGUAGAGACUUUUGUAAGGAUAGUUGCAACGAAAAAUCUGAAAAAAUUAAGGGAUCUUCAAAAUACAACGGUCCAGAAAAAGGUGACAAAUACGGUACAAUAGGAGACAGGCGCUCGAGACGAUAAUGGCAGAUAUCUUAAAUAUUCAACAACCAAUAACUUUUGAUGAGUCAAUUGCUCAUUAUGAGUCACAUGCCCAUCAGCCGUAUGCUUCAUCAACACUGAAUAAUAAUGAUAAAGUUCGUAUUACCAUUCAAAAGCAGAAUUUGUACAUACUUCCGAGCAAAAGUACACUACAUGUUCUUGGUAAAUUUACAAAAGACGACAACAGCGCUGUUACUGCAUUGGUCACAUGAUUAAAGAAUUCCGUUUAUUGAUGAAUGGUGUUGAAAUUGAUGGAAAUACCAAUGUUGUUAUCACCAGUACGAUGAAAGGAUAUUUGUCUUUCUGUCCAAAUCAAUUAAGCAGUUUAGAAAAUUCUGGCUGGUAUAUGAAUGAUGGAACUGAAGUCACCAAUGAAGAAGGAUACUUUGAUUUAUCCAUUCCACUGAAUAUAUUGUGUGGCUUCACAGAAGAUUAUUUAAAAAUUCUAUUGAAUGUUCAGCUUGAAAUCAUUCUUACAAUAGCUAAUACUGAUAUAAAUGCUUAUAUACAAACGAACGCAGCAGCAGAAAAUGUAAAAGUUACUCUUCAAAAAAUUGAAUGGAUUAUGCCAUACAUAACACCAUCAGACAAAGAAAAAAUCCAAACAUUGAAUUAUAUUACUGGCGAUCCAGCUAUUCCAAUAAGUUUCAGAACUUGGGAAUUAUAUGAAUAUCCAUUGUUACCUGCAACUUCAAAUCAAAUUUGGGCUGUCAAAACCUCAACACAGCUAGAGAAGCCACGUUGUGUGAUUCUUGGAUUCCAAACAGCAAGAAAGAAUGAUGCUAAAAAGAAUUCCAGUAAAUUUGAUCAUUGCCAGAUUCGAAACAUCAAGCUAUUUUUGAAUUCUCAAAGCUAUCCUUAUGGUGACUUGAAUCUAAAUAUAAAUAACAACCAGUAUGCUU